GAUAUCUUCCUUCUAGUUCUCUGGCCCGGCGUUGAUCUCAUCCGAACAAACUAAACUUGCAUCUUUUCUUCGUCUGCAGUUCACUGCUGAAACUUACUUGUUACUUCAAUACCGUGAAAUAGAUUUGAGGGUGCGGUACAGGACUCAGCAGGAGGAGUAGUAGAGAUGAUUGCCAAGCCUGGAUACCACUGCAAGCUGGGGAAGAUGUGAUGGCAAUGACGAUGAGCCUGCGGCGUCUUUUUCAAUAACUUUUUUCAUCGGGUUCACUCCUACUGUUGUCACACGCAUGGCCAUUGGUUAGAGUCAGCUAGCUCUGGUUGUUUUCUUUCUGGACUGUGUGUGGCGGGUUUGGCUAGGCUAACUCAGCUGCCGGGCGUCACAACGGCGCCAUGUUCAAAUCGGUGAGCUCGCAUUCACAGCGUACUAUUAGAUCUGCAUCUCAGGACAGUGGCGUCAUGUCUGCUGAUCUCGAAUCACAAGCAGCUGGGCACAGUUGUGAAGCUGCUGCUAAUCCCAGUAAUUCCCGACCCCCUUCUCCAUCUCCUCGUCGACAAUGGCCAUGGAGUAUGAAUAGUUCGUCGGUGUCCAUCCCAGAUGAACACACCGCGACAGAUAACGAAUUUUUCGCAACGGUUGUACCCAACUCUCUCAUCAACUUGACGGCCGACGAAAAGGUUGGAUAUUUGGAGAAGUGCAAGAUUCAUAUGCUGACCCGCACUCGGAAGCAUGGCACCAAGUUCUACUUUCGUCUUACGCGUGCCUAUUUCCAGUUCCAUGACAACGAUAAAUCGAGUGUACCGAAGCGCUGCGAGGUGCGCUUAAAAAUCAGCCGAGUCACCAGCACCAAGGGCAGCGGGUUCGACGUGCACUUCCGCAACGGCAACACCUGGCACCUGGCCGCUGGUAACUUGAUUGAGAAGAUUGAGUGGAUGGAGGCACUUCUACCCGGCUCGUUUCCGGCUAAGGAUCGCGCCAGUGUUAUCUGUGCCGAUGGCAUCCCGGGACCCGCGGACCUGGAAUCUCGCGCCGAGGUGACGUCCAACACCUCGACGGACGUGGGCCGAGACGCGGACAAGGACAGCACAUCGGCGGCAUCCGCACAGACAUCUGGCAUCUCCACAUCCGGCAUCUCCACGUUCGGUGCAAUCGAGGAGCAGAAGAGCGACUUCUCUCUGGACUCCGACCCGGAGCUGCUCAACUCGAUUCUGGAUGAGGUGGACGCCAUGGCGCUGACGACGCACAAGUCGCCGCCGCCACCUCUGCCCCCUGAUGAUCGGUACGCGGUGCCUGCACCCGCGCUGAAAAAGCCGACCAUGCACGAGCCGCUCGGUGAUUACAUGAGAGCCGCUGAUGAGUCCGGUAUUGACUACAUGGACCCGAACUACGAAGAUCACGACCGCGCCGGCAUGGUGGGAGAUUCUCUAGUGGAACUCAAAGACUACGCGCUACCGCUGAGGAGGGAAACGUCAAUAUCGUCAGUAUCGUCAACCUCGUCUCCUUCCCCCUUGAUGCCCAAGGAUUCUAUAAAGUUUCUGCGGGUGGCACAGGAGAGGAAGGAGGUCCUACACACGCAACUGCGCAGCACGUCUAAACUUAUCGAGCCGGGGCAAGUGUUGAUGAAGCGUCUUAUUGGCAAAGGUGCGUUUGGGUCCGUUCACUUGGCCGAGUGGUCGUUCCGCGUCAGCUGUGCGCCGGUAGAGGUGGCGGUGAAAUGCCUGAAGGACGGCGCCGACGAGAAAGCCGAGAAGGAUUUCCUGGCCGAGGCGCGCAUCAUGGCCGAGUUUGAUCAUCCCAACAUCAUCCGCCUGUUUGGCGUGGUGGACGAUGGGGCGGCGCGCAUCGUCACCGAGUACAUGUCCAACGGCAACCUGAAGGACUUCCUGGAGCAGGUGCGCACCACCGACCCCAUGCUGCGCUCGCGUGGACAGCUCGUACAGUACAUUGUGGACAUCGCCGGCGGAUUGCAGUACCUGGCCACGGAGGGGUUCAUUCACAGGGACCUGGCAGCGAGGAAUGUCCUGGUGUCUGAGGACGAGCGCUGCAAGAUCACUGACUUUGGCCUCUCACGCAAGCUGGAAGAGGACACCUCAGAGUACAUGUCAACCGGCGGGCUAUUGCCGCUGAAAUGGACAGCGCCUGAGGCCGGUCUAGAGAAGUGCUUCACCACGUCGUCGGACGUCUGGAGUCUCGGCGUCACCAUGUGGGAGGUGAUGACCUACGGGAAGAAGCCCUACGCGUCGCUGUCCUUCCUCACCCUCUUCCCCGCGCUGCAGCGCGGUGUGCGACUGGGCAAGCCACGGGACUGCCCUGAUGAACUGUAUGAUCUGAUGAAGAGCUGCUGGGAGUGGGAGCGAGAGCAGCGUCCAACCUGCGAGACCAUCUGCGAGCAGCUCCGUGUCCUUCUGGAGCACGAGCAUCAGGACACGGAUGAUGAGGAUUCGCCGCAGAGCGCCAGUUGAAACCAUUACUUUGAGCGCACGUGCAUUGAAACACUUCUUUUGAGUGUCGGUCAGUGCAUUGAGGUGACUGUAUAGUAGUAGUGUUUGAGAGUUCAGCUGUAUUUCACUUCCGUAGUCCGUGUUUGAUACUACUAUUUCUUUCAUCACUCUGCGAAGUCUUGAAGAGUCCUUUUCGAAUUUUUUAUAAAUGCGGCGUACGUAUUUUUUUAUCAACUCCACGUACCCGGCAUGAUGGGCAAGUUGACUGCAGCAAGUAUUACUAGUACCACUCUAUUCAACCUUUUAAUUAUCCUGCCCUGAUGAUGGUCUGCCCUGAUGCGUUUACUUCUUUUUCUUUUUGUUCCGAUUCUCUCUUGCUCUACGCUAUUAUUUUCUAGGCUUGGUCAUCAGCAGGCCUGGUGUUACCAAUAUCCGUGCGCCUAACCCUCCCUCUUUUUACUACGCUCAUGGCACAUCCGUUUACUUCUUUUAACCUACAUGUAACAUUGCGCAAUCGCCGUAUUUGUUGACGGACACUAUGCCUUUAUUGUCGUCUCGUUUUAUUAUUUCUUUUAAACUCUUACUCCGGAUGUGUAUCUACGUUUUCGGACAAGACUACGAAAAUCGGUACCGUCGUACCUUUGAUCUCA